UUAACAUCGGAGGUUGUUACGUACAGAGCGUUACGACAAUGAAGCGACGGGUGGUUUUCAGUGAGUCGGAUUCAGAUGAUGAAAUUAAGACCAAGGAAAAGCCGACAGUAAAACAAAGUACGAAACGAUAUUCCGAGAAGAAAAGGAAAUGCACAGACGUCGAUGAUAAUCAAAUAUCCUGCCGUGAUAACUCCCAGCAGUCAAUAAUCGACGCUUUACGACGACAGCAAGAGUUAUGCAAAAUCAACCGUGGCAAGAAAGCAAAUACUAUUGAAGCGUACUUCUCACAGUCUGUGAAACCCAAGAAGAAUGUAGUUUCCGUUGAUGAUUUCUUCGUACCAUCUAGAACAAAAUCGAAUGCUAAGGUGAGCUUUUAAAUGAUACGAAUUUUUUGGUCCCUAUCAACUCAUUACUACAAACGUUUGUUAGGGAAAUUGUACGAUAUUAUUCUUCGUCGCCGUUCAAUAGGUAAUGGUAAAAAUACUCAGUCUAUCCAAACAUGUUUAUGAAAGUUUAUUUGUAUAUUUUGUGCCAAUUUUCUGCUCUGAUAUAAUCAUCAACCAGUUGAUUUGAUAUUAUUUAACUGUGGGAUGAACCAAUUGGGUUUCAAAUUGCAUCUUUUAAACUCUUGCGUGAAAUCUUUUCAUCUGUAUGGGCCUAUAAGUUCAUUGCAUUAAAGUAGGCUUCGGUUUUUUGGUCAAAAUACUAACCCUGGUUUAUUACCCUGCCCCCUAACCCCAAAUCCUAGUUUUAAUCUUCAACAUUAAUUCCUAACCGUAUCUUGGAACGGGUAAAUGGUUGAAAUUUCGCAGUGCGAUUUCGAGAAUUGCUUAUAUUCGCUCCAACACUGUUUCGAGUGAGAGAUUCCUACUAUUCAAGGUUGCUAAAUAUUUCUGUACCUAUUGCGUGGUUACUUCCUGACCUUUGUCUUCAAAGUAAUUGUACCCUGUCAUAAGUAACUUAAAACAGCUUACAACACUCCACAUUUGUAAAGGUGCAUUACAUCAUGAACGUGUUAUUAUCUUCUUGCAUAUUGUUUUUGCAUUUUUGCUUCCUUUCUCAUCUAUAUUUUGGCACCAAGUUUCUAAAUAACAAAUAUUUACUCCAUGCUCUGUUGUUUUUGCAUCUUUUCAUCUGUUACUACAACUGACUGGCUAACUAGUCACUUUUUAUUUAUCUAUUUAUUUAUUUAUUCAAACACAAAUAUUGGCACAAGAGGGCACCAAAUAUAUAUAUAUAUAUAUAUAAUUCCUACUCACUGACUUUUCGUGGCGGGGGUGUUGUUUACGAAAAUGAGAGGACGGAAAGCGAAUGUCCGGCGCUUUAACCGGAUCCCAAACCAAUGGUGCACAUGGGCUCCAGUAUCCUGCGGGGACAAAUGGCGUAUUAACCAAUCGUCGGUCACCGGCUACCAUGGGACUGCAUCUCGAUGCUCCACUGCCUUGUGGGUCAGACCUUUAGGUCAAAGGCUCGAGGUGUGACCCCCUGGGAAAACCACCUGCUUCGGUCUGGGCACCCGGGCAGUACCACAUCCCACACACAAAUAUGAUGAGAUGUCGAUAUUUAUGGAAAAUACUUUUCUUUCUUCGAUUAACAAUCAAACGAUUCACGUUAUUAUUACUAUUAUUGUUAUUAACUAGUCACUCAAAAUGCUUGACGCGAUUAUAAUCUAUUUACCUUCAAUCCAUGACAACACCCAUUUCGGAUGGUCCAAUAAAUUUUAUUGAAUUAUUUGUUUGCUUACAUUUGUUAAAACAUCCGUUUUAAGCCUUCUGCUGUCGUCAGCACACCACCUCAUUCACCGAUGGAGAUCAUCCCGGAUACACCAAUAUUAUCUCCGAAAACACCUCUGGGGACCAGAGGAAGUUAUAAAAGCUCACCCCAAAUCAAUGUUAUCUCGGAGGGUGUGAAGACAACUAGUAAUCAAACGUCAUCCAUGGUUAAUGAAUCUCUUAAUGAUAGCACUGAUACUGCUGUAAAAGAUCGAAAGCAUUUUUGGGCCUACAAAGCUCGCGAUGGUCCUCGCAGUCUUGGAUCAAGAGAAAUUCCUAAGGGAACUCCGGAUUGUUUAAAGGGACUAAACUUUCUCAUCACUGGAAUACUAGAGUGUAUUGAACGAGAGGACGCUGCAAAUCUUAUUCAGAAUUGUGGUGGAAAAGUUUUAAAAACAUUGGGUAAAAAGACUGAUUAUCUCGUUGUCGGGCGUGAACCUGGUGCAGCCAAAAUCGAGAAGGUGGGUUUUAAAUCUAUAUUGUACCAAAAUAUAUUAUUGAAUAAAGCCUUUAAUAAUAAUAAUAAUUGUUUAUUUAUUAAGAGCAAAAAACUAAUAUUUGCUAAUUCCCACCUUAAAUUUUUUUAUUUUUUCACCAGUUAAGCUACUUAUUUCUAGCUAUUUUAGUAUAAUCUUAACUCGGCUACUUAUAAGUAGAAAGGAAUAGUACUUUUAAACUGUAAAAUUUUAUAUCUCAAGUAUACCGUUUAGUUAGUCUACAUUGAGGUACGAAUAUGUAAUUAGGUCAACUGCUUGUUAAAUUUUAACAUUGGAGAAAGAUUGAAUAGUAUGAUAAUUACUGAUUUCUAUAGCCUAUGCAUAUGAGAAGAAGGCUUCCACUUAUUUUAAGCAGGACCAAACUGUAUCUUCUCAUUAAUGUGGUUGUUUAAAGGAAUCUCUCGGUCUCACACUUUGUUCAGAUAUUCCAUGUCCCAAUGUUUAUUGUUUCCUUGGUUGUCCGACCUAUUUGAUUCCAAAGACGGCUUUCACCAUGCGCUGUCACAUGUCUUAUCCAUAAAGACUCUUCUCUUCCUGGAACAGAGUUGAAUUCACUUUUUGUGUCUACAGAUUCUGUAACUUGAUUCUUUUUUACGAAAAAGAGUUUAUCACCUUACGUCCAACCCUCUCUCUUUUCCCGGGCUUGGGGCUGUUAGUAGCCUUGCAGGUAACUUGGGACUUCUGUGUUUCAAGAGAGGUUUUGAGACGCUAAAGUAAAAGUAAAUGCUAAAUUAUAGUUUAUGCCUUCUGUAUCUAUCUGUCUUUCCUUUUAUUAUAUUCCCACCAAGUUUUGUGCAAUUAUAGACGUAUGACUUCAAUGGAGAUGAAAAAUAGCGUGUUCAAAACCUUUUUUUUAAUCUUAUUAAUUUUUUUCACCACACUCAAACACUUCUACAGUACUCAUCACAGACAACCCAGAUAUGCAACAAGGACAUUCAAACACUGAAUUUGAAGCAAUGCGAGUCCUUUUUAUGAAUCAUUACGGCAGAUUAAUUUUCAGUCUUUGUUAAUAACUUACAUGAAAAUGAUAAUCAAAAGCAAGUGUAAGGAUUUAAGAGUUUCGAGGUCAACAUAAUACUCGAAUAUGUUUGUAACUUUUCCCCGGCUCAAAAAUAGGGUCUUUUAUCUUAUGAACUGUUGGGAUGUGCAGAUUUCUGUUGCUGUGAUCAACCACAUGGGUCCAACAUGUAGCUAUCUUGACCAAGUUGUCCCCCUAAAUAAUCGUUUUGAAAGUUAAAAAAAUAAACCUUGUUCGAUAAAGUGUGUUUACUUCCAUCCAUUCUAAAUUUUUCACAUAUGAACUAAUUAUAUUAGGAAAAACUGUCUUACAAAUGUGAUUUUGCAUUUAAAAAAUACAUAAUGUGCUUUAAUCUAUCGAUGAUAAUUAUGAUCAUUUUCUACAAUUAUACAAUUUACCACAACACUUCCUGAUUCAAUUAAUAUUUUCAUCCUAACUGUUCAAUUUCAUAUCAAAGAAAUUUUGUCAGAAUGUUUUCGUUUUAAGAGCAAGCAAACUAUGUUUUUAUCAUUCACUUGAAAAAGAAAAGUGUCAAAGUUCAUCUGAUAAAGUCUGUUAAAAAAAUACAUAUAAUCAAAAAGAUGACUCGUCACCUCGUUGGAAAAAAAAGUAUUUAUCAAAUUUCCGUUUAAAUAAACUGACCCAAACUCGAAUAAACGUCGUCAUCUAGAAACCAACACGGCAUCGAUUUCUUAUGUCCUUAGUUUAAUUAUCAUAUGUAAUUCAGGAAGAUCUAUUCAUCAUUCAAAAGAUUGAUUAAUUUGCCAUCACUUUAUCAAAUCCAAUGAAUACUUCAUUUUGAAAUUUUCAUACCACUUCUGAGUAUUAUCAUUACAGUUGUCUUCAUUAUGUCAUGUAUCACUCCACUGUUGAUUUUUGUAAUUAGUAUUAACUUGCUAUAAAUAAUCUGUACUUGUUCCUAAUGAUCUCUCUCUCGCUUAUUCCUGUGUAAAUUAGGCUUAUAUAAUCGGGGAAAAUAAUUGUAGCUUUUUUCUUCAUCAAUAUACUCAAUCGAUUCAAACACAUUACAUAUAAAGCAUUUAUAAAAUUGAUUCGGAUAUGAAAGAUUUGAUAUAUACAAAAUAAAUUAAAUCCAUUUUGUUGCCCAGUAUUUAUUGUUCGUGUUGGCCAGUUGUUUUUGUGCAUUUAAGCAGAUGUUUAUUGGUAAGUACUGCUAAUAAUACAUGAUAAAUGAGAGAAAGAUCCAAUACCCCUUGAAUUUCAAUUAUUCAUGGAUACUACUAAUCUACAAACCACUACAUAUAAAAGCGUAGUCUAGCAUUGUGUUCACUGACAGAUUAAUUAACAACUGAAAUGAUUAUUAUCAUUCAUCGAUGUUUAUUGCAUCUGGUACUUAGAAAGUAAAGUUUAUUUAUCAAUUAUGAUCAACGUAGAACUCAUAGUUAAACUGUUUAAAUGGCUUCAUUAAUUUUUAUUUUACUCACCUAAGAGUUGUUGUCUAGUAUUUAAAAAUAUUUGAUUGUCAUGAAUUCGAACGAUACAAUCGUCUUAAGAGUUUAUGAUUACUUUAAGUUCUGACAUAAUAGGUUAUAACCAUCUUGAAAAAUCACCCGUACCUAAUUACUAAAUAAUAACAUUAGCGUAACUAUCAAUUUGACUCAGUGCUUUAUAUAUUUUAUCAAAUCAGUUGUAGUGUUAUUACUAAUUUAUACUUUUUAACUCAAUUAUGAUUGUACACCAGUUAUAAACAAAUCGAAUAUUAGAGUAGUGAUGUAACAAAAAAAUCGAUUACCUUUACUUAAAUGAGUUCCUUUUGAAUUCUGUAUUUUAGACAAUGAAGGACCAGAAGAAGUACUGAUAUUGUGUUUAUUCUAAUUAUGUUAUUAUUUGUUUGUUUUACUGUAGUCAUCACCUUAUACAAGUCAUUUGGUCAUUCGUUAUAACUCUUUAGGAAGACAUUUUAUCCAGUCAUAAGUAGAGCUAUUGUACUUUUUCGAUCCUGGGCUUCGUUAUUGUUGAGAAGAACACUAUUAGUAAAAGCAUAUACGACACUUGAAAUAUUUCAGUGGGAAAAAUUAUUUCUGUUAAACAGCACAUAGUAUUAUUCAUUUCUGUGUUUGAUUUAAAAUUGUUUUUCUACUCACAACUGUGUUCUUUUUUAAAUUCGUGAAGGCUAACAAUUUGAAAAUUAAGCAGAUUACCGAAGAACAUCUCUUUGAAAUGAUAGAAAAGUCCAGUAAUAUUCCUCUUGUAAAUCAUAAAUCGGAUGUAUCCAGCUCAGAAUCUUCCAAGAAAUUGGAGCCUGUAGAUGCAAACGAUAGUAAACAAAAUUUAAAAAGUCCUAAAAAAUCCCCUAAGAAGAAUCAAUCUACCAAAUCACCGGAUAGUGCUCCUAAAUCUCAUAAACAUGAAUCUCCGAAUAAAUGUGCAGGAAAAUCUGUUAUGUCCUCAUGUAGUGAACUUCCUCUUACUGCACGUCCUGUUUUAACUAAUAAUUCAACAUUCAAUAAUAAAACUGAUCGAAGUCAUAGCAGUGGUUUAUCCAAAACUCCUACUAAUGUCAUCGAUAAGCAAGAUUCCCUGUCCAAGGAGAUGAGUUCGAAGUUGUCUGAAUUAUGGGUUGAUAAGUAUAAACCAACGUCUAUUCGCUCACUGAUUGGUCAAAACGGUGCACAAAGUCCAGCCAAUCGACUUUUAAAUUGGCUAUCUUCCUGGCACUCGAGUUUUUCAGCAGGUUUAAAAGCGAAGGCUUACUCAAGUGCCCCUCCAUGGGGCCCGUCAUCUAGUGAUGAUGGGAAGUGGGCGCGCGCAGCACUUCUUUCGGGACCUCCAGGGAUAGGCAAAACAUCAACCGCUAUUUUAGUAUGCAAAGAACUCGGUUAUACUUAUUGCGAAUUUAAUGCAUCCGAUUGUCGAUCCAAGCGGUGUUUAAGUGAAGAAAUAGGACAGUCUUUGGGUCUACGAAAUUUGUCACAUAUGGCGUUUGGUCAAGCAUCAACAUUAAAUUCUGGUCGUCACGUUUUAAUUAUGGACGAAGUAGAUGGUAUGGCUGGUAAUGAAGAUCGCGGAGGAAUGCAAGAACUUAUUAACAUGAUUAAAAUUACUCAAUUACCUAUUAUUUGUAUGUGCAAUGAUCGUCAGGCUAUAAAAAUACGCUCUCUGGCUAAUUAUUGUCUCGAUUUAAGAUUUCAUCGUCCACGAGUUGAACAAAUAAAGUCAGCAGUAUUGUCUAUUGCUUGUAAAGAAAAUAUGAAUUUACCUCCGGAUGUAUUAACAAAUAUUAUCGAUUCUAGUAAUCAUGAUAUUAGACAGGUAAUUAAUAAUGUUCAAAUGUGGUGUAGCUCUGGUUUAAUUGAUUCCGAAGGAUUAAAAGCGGAUGCAUUAGGUGCACGUAAAGAUCUACACUUAAAUGCAUUUGAUGUGAUUCGUAAAGUUUUUGCACCGGAUAUUUCUGGUUCUCAAGGCAGUGUUGCUACAUUCAAUGAAAGUUUAGAUUUAUUUUUUCAAGAUUACAAUUUAAUUCCUUUGUUUGUUGAGGAAAAUUAUCUUAAUGUUAGAGUUCAUAAUACCCAGUAAGUAUUAUUGUUACUAUCGUUAAUAAUAUUGUUUUUGUAUACAUAUAUGUCUUAAAAGUUUAUUUAUUUAUUUAUUUAAACACAUAAGCAUAGGUACAAGAAGGCACCAAAUAAAUAUGCGCCACAUAAACCAUCCGAUUUAUGUAAGGGCUGAUAAAUAACUCACAAUGCCAAUAACUAAAUCUCAAAGAAAUAGAUUUUAGAAAGAGAAUCGCUAGCCGAUUGACUGAUUACAUUCAAAUGAUUAAGAAUAUUUUGCAAUUCAGGUUGAUGCUUUUCGUAGUAUUUUGUUAUCAGAGCUAGAUAAUUUAAUUGAAAAGUUUUCAUUGUCGUUUUAGAAAAAAUCAUUAGCGUCUACUUCAUCCAGAAGUAGGCUUUUCAUUUUUCUCUCAAAGCCUAAGUCAGUUCAUUCGGAUGCUGUAAUUUUUAAAUGAUUAUAUUCAUAGGUUUCUCUAUUGUCACUUGUUUGUUCAGUCCUGUUGAGUGUCUUCUUCAGUUGACUGUCAUUCAUAUUUUUAAUUAGCUCCUUCCAUAUGGUCGAUAGACGGGACAUAUGCCUACGUAUCUAUUGAUUGCCAUUUGAUUUGAAUGUGUUGCCUAUAGAAGUUCUCUGUCGUUCCUAGAAUUCCCAUUAUCCAGAGUUGUGACAUUUUCUGGGUCGGAUUCAUUUUGAUAGUUGUUAAAGUGGAUUAAUAUCAAUCCUAUCUCAUCUUACCUCACUGUCAAUUUAUUGCCAUGUAUACAUAAAUAAAGGGGCUCCUUAUUUUGCCUGAUUUAAUGUUUCACCUGUGCAGUUUAUUUUGUAGGUGAUAUUGGAUCUGUCUUCCAUUGUCGUGUCUUUAGGUCUGCAUAAUAAGUUAUUGAGUUUUAGCGUUGGUCCGUUGGUGAAAUCGAUUCUAAAGGGUUCCGCGAUCAUUGUAGUAGUUUCUGAGAUAUUUCUCAUACGCCAUGGAUGAUAAUUUUUGCUAUCGAUAAGACAACUGUAUUCCAAACGCGUCCUACAACCUCAACUACUUUUACACAUCAACUGGAGUACUAAAGAGGCAGCGUGAAAUGUGAGUCAUAGCUUUACUCUAAGGCUAGUUUUUGUACAGAAAAAUCGAGCGUAUUUACCGAGUUACACACGACCCUGGGUUUCUGGCAAUUUCUGGAGUUAUACUAAAUCUAGUUGCAAUAUAGUUACAUAUCGUGUUAUAACCGUGGCACGUAAUUCUGCAUUUUCCAGAUGUUUCCGAGAAACCUCCAUCCAACCCUGGCUGAAUCAAUAUUUCUUGGCGUUUCUAAGCCACUAAAAACUUUGACGAGGGGUACUUUGGGGACUCCCCCAACGACUGUAUAAUUUAUUUCUUGGUUUCCAGGGUUGACAUUUUGGUGGUAUGUCUAUUCACCAAACACUUUGAUAAAAGUGCCAGGAGAGUUAUUCUUACGGAAAACAGACAACAGAUGAUUCCUUUCAAUUUUUCGAAUCGUGAGUGCUGUUUGGAUUUUCAUACAUGGCGUCUGUUCACAACUAUUGUACCGUUACUGUUGUAGUUUUUCAUACUCGGAGACUUCUACACUAACAUUUCUAAAGUUCCUGUGUUUGCCCUGUCAAAACAUUCAUGGACGAGGUUUUGUUUUCUGGUUCUUUUUUUUCUGGUAGUUUUUAUAUCACCGAGGAAGUUGUUCCAUCAGUAUAUGCAUUUUUUCGAUUUUGUGAAAUAAUACCGUUAUGUAGAUGGAUAUUCAACCAAAUUAGUAUGACUGCCAGUUAUUCGUUAGUUAACGAGUGAGUAGACAAGAAUAUAAUUAACUGCCACGAAUUAAUCAAUAAGUCUUCACUUUAAACAAUUUUAACACUAUCCAUCCCAUUGAAUAUUAUAAUAUUAGUUUCAAUCAGUUAUCUGUUACGAAUCAAGUUUUUGUAGCUACUGCAAUAGUAAUUGUACGCAAAAAGUCAAUUUAUCUAACCAUAAUUCAACUGGUUCUUUUUGAUACCUCAGCGUUUUGUCUCUCUUACUAAAAUCGACAGAGGCUCUGUAUUCUCUGUAGUUUUGAGCGGAAGAGUCAUCAGUGAAACAUUGUUUUUAAGAUUCAAGCAGUUUAUUUGAUGCUUCUCGAUUUUAGAAAUUACCAUUCUUAAUUAUUCAAGGAGAUUAGUGUUCCACAUUCUGCUCUAAUCGAUACAAAUACACUGAUAGCGAAGAACUAAAAAGCUUGGGUAGCUGUUGUAACAUCCUACCAAUAUGAAUUGUGACAUUGUUAUUUUGAGGCGUAUCGUCAGUGUUAAAUGUAUGAGUGUAGCCUUUAGCAGUUUGGACGUUUAGGUAGCACCACUAGCCCUCACAUUUAUAGUAUCGUUCAAAAACAACUGUACGUAGUGAGUUACAUUAAAGUAAUAGACACAUAAAAUAUUAUUUUAUAAAUUAUUUACGUUCGCUGUAUAUAUUGUAAGAAAGUAAGGUAUGGUUUGUGACUCGCACAUUUUCGUACUGUUUAUAUUUGCAUUAAUAGUGUCCAUCGGUUCGUUCGUAUGUAAUUGGUUAACUUUGUUUUAGUGACGAUAAAAAAAUUUUGCAAUUAAUGUCUCAAGCAGCGUCUGACAUCGCCACGGCAGAUAUCAUUUCAUCUACUAUCAGAUCAUCACGUACGGGAUCAUGGUCUUUAUUACCUGUUCAAGGUGUGUUCAGUACAGUUUCACCUGGUCGUACUCUUCGUGGCUCUUUACCUGGUGGCCCAGGUGGUGUUUCAUUUCCUUCUUGGUUUGGUAAGAACAGUACACAAAGCCGUAUCAAUCGGACUACUUCGGAAUUAGCUGCACAUUUACGAUUAGCAACUCAUUGUGGUUCAUCAAAUCCGCUUACAUUAUUGCUAGAUUAUGCUACACCAAUCUCUGAACUUAUCACUCGUCCACUUAAAGAAGGUGAUAUUGACAGUGCUAUUCAAUUUCUAAUUAAUUAUCAAAUAACAAGAGAAGAUGUUGAUUCUAUAAUGGAAUUAACUACUUGGCCGAAUCGACCGAAUCGAAUGCUUAGUGUUGAUUCGAAAGUCAAAGCUGCAUUAACACGUACGUAUAAUAAAUCAUCGCAUUUACUACCGUAUGUCAUCUCAUCAAGUGGUUCCUUUAAACGUAAACGUGGUGGUGCUCCAGUUUCAUUUGAAGGGGAAAUUGAAAAUGAUUCUGGUCUAUUCGACGAUGAUGAUGAUGAUGAAGAAGAACAGGAAGACGAGAAAGUCGACCUGAAGAAUGAUGCCAUGAUUUUAGUUAAAAAAGAAGAUCCAAAAAAGCGCAUAAACACUGAGAAAUCCAAAUUACAACGAGGAGAGCAAUGUCCAUCUUCUGAUGGCAACAAUACAAAAGAACGUGGUCGAGGUCGUGGUCGCGGUAGAGGUAGAGGUAGAGGGAAAGAUUGAGACACAUAUACAUACAUUCAUUCGCUUGUUGUUAUUCUUACGGUUUCUAUAGCAUUUCAUCUCAUCACUAAACGCUGUACAAAAGAUAAACAAAUCUAUGUGUUUGUUUGUUUUUUUAUUGAAAAUAAGAAAUAUGUAUUUUUAUCUUUACCCUGCCAUUGUUUAUUUAAUAGGUUCCAUUUUUUUUCGUAACUUAUUGGGUUAAACUGCAUUGCUCUAUUGUUAAACAUCAGAUUAUAGAUUCAAUAAAUGUAAUUGUAUUAUUUGUUUUUGCUCUUAUUUCUACUAAAUUUUGCUUGCUUGUACUUGUAUGUUGCUGCAUGAUACUACAAAUGUCAUAUCUGAUCUGGCAAAAUAGUAUCAGGUGAAUGUGUUUAAUUUUGUUAUCUGUUCAUUUAUAGUCUUAUGAAUUCUAAGUCCUUUUAGUUCAAUCCAAAUCCAACCAUAAGAUAGUCUGAACUAUACUAUACGCUUCUAAUCAGUAACUUAUCUAGACAUGUAGUAAAUUGAUUACAUGUCGAUUUAGUUAUCUGUUAUUGGUAAGCUUUAAUAACUAUUGAGCUAAUAAAAAUUGGUGACCAAUGUACACAAUAUCCGAUCACUCAUACAGUUCAUUUGAAUCUUCAAGCAUUUAAAUCCUUUUAUUUGUAAAUGUUUUAAUCUUCACGUUGUUAAUUUUAAGGACUAUGAUUGGUCAGUGUCUAUUGGCAUAUGUACAUUCUUAGCAGAUUGUCUCGCUAUUGCCGUUGAGUAACAAGUUUUUUUAAAACAAAGUUAGAUAUUGGGUAGCAGUGGAAUCCAAGACGCGCGUUUAAUCACAUUUGAUACUCUUCCAUUGUAUAUACUUAGAUCCUAGUGUGAAUACUUACUCUGGGACUUCAAUUCGAUGUCUUUCACUUCAAACACCCGAUGAGUUAUCCACUUAGCUAGUGAGUUCUUCGGCGUUUAUUAGAUAAUACUUGUAAUCCCUCUUGUAAAGUGACUAGUUUACUAAUCGAGAUGAUCAUUUGUUUCCUUUGGGUUUUACCACUUGAUAGCUUAUUUAAUUUCAUUAAUCUACUUUUUCGUUUUAUGGCUCUACCACAAUCAACAAAGCUGCUAAAUGCUUCCUCGUUUGCAACGGCUAUCUGACUAAAACUAAUCCACAAUGUAAACUGUGGUAGUCAUAUUUUUCAAUACAAUGCGUUCCUUAUUAUCGUAUCAACUUACUCCAUUAUAUUUGGGAAUCUUUGUUGUUUCACUCGAAUGUUGUGUGUUUAGAGCCAUUGAUGCUUUUACUUUAUUUCUAAAAUGUACAGAUCUAUACUACAUAGCUUUAUGUCACAUUAACUGUAUGGGAGAUGUAGUAUUAACUAGCCCCCCCCCACCGAAGAAAUAGGCGGAAUGGAUUCAUAACGGGUAACCUGUUGAUCGAAAGCCGAUAGCUCAAACUACUCAGCAUCUACUAUUGCACAAAUGUAUAUGUUUAUUGAUUAAAUCAUAUACAAUAUGUUGGAAUCAAUUUUCGUUAGUAUAAAACAGAAAACUACUGGAUUAGUAUUUGUUUAUUGUUUGAUUUUAUGAUCAAAAUUCUUUAAGUUUAAGCUAAACGUAUUGGUUCAAUGAUUAAAACAUUAGAUUAUUGACUACUGGGUUAUGGUUUUGAAUCCCAAUUCAUUUACGGCACUUUAAACAGAAGAGGAUUAUUAAUUGUUAUUAUCCCGAGAAAUUGUAGCUCAAAAUUGAGUUUACAAAUAUUAACUUAGUCAAUGAGUUGCUGCAAAAUUUGUCAGAAAUUAAAAAAAUCCUGUAAAUAUCUUUUUUUUGUCAUGUACUUUUCACUAUUUAAUAGUAAGCAUCUAAAGCCAUCUUCAGUAGUUAUAAUAUAUAGGAACUGGCGUUAGUUGAUAACAUUUUUGAUUGGAUAUUAACCUGUUAUUGAUUAUGAUUUACCAUGAGUUUGCAUACACAAUGACUAUUAAUUUAUUAUCUUUCACGUUGUAUACUUUACUAAAUCGAACUAGUUAUUAUAUUAUUUCAUAUUAGUAUGAAUAUACAUGAUUACUCUACUUUAUCAUAUGACUUCAUACUGUAAUCUUUCGUUAUUACUGUCUUUAAUUUGACAAGUCAUCUCAUGUAAACAUUAAAUGUUCGAAAAAAUACGUUGCUUUUGUUGGAAUCUCGGGGGGGGGCGAGAUCGUGGAUGCGCACUGUUGAGGAGUCCCACAAUAGGACGAAACAGCCGUCCAGUGCUUCUAGGUUUUUCAUGGUGGUCUAGCUUCAACUGACUCAUGAUUUCAACCAUUAACAUUUUAAGUGUUCAUUAUUUAGAAACUUACAUAUAGUUGAUAAUAUAAUCUAUUGCAUGUUUAAGUAAAUUAGACUGAUCACGUUUUUAUUUGCAUAACUGGAACUCUAUAUUGAUUGUUUAAAAAAGAUCAAUUUAUUGGUUUAUUGGUUGUGUCAUUGAAACAGAAAUUAAUCCUUUCAGUUUUGUAUUUUUAGAUUCUUCAAAGUGUUUAUCGAUUCAACAAGCUUCAAAAAUUCCCUGCUUAUCUAUUUUCAUUCUGUGUACAGUUGACUAAAAGUGAGAUAUUUCUUGUAAUAUACAUUUGUAUCAUCGUUACGUACUUUUGUAGUACUUACCUUUAUGAGUUAGCUUUAGUAUUUAGAAAAAAUGAUACCAAUGUAACUGAUGAUACGGAUUAUGCUUAUUGAGCUACAAUUUUCAACAAUAUAGUCUUCACAUAAUCAAAAUAGUAGCGUCAACACUAAUUCCAUUGUUUUCAUAUAAAGUAAAUGUACAUGGUAAAUAUGAGGUUAGAGAGUGAAUUGGUGGAUCAGUAGCUUAGUAGUUAAUAUAUUUAGCUGUGAGUUAGCGGAUUUGAAAUUUAAUUCAUGUACUCCACCAUUUCGGUUUGAGUAAUCGGUUAAUAUCAUUAGCUGUAAUAUAAUAUAAUCUGAUUUGGUGUUCAGUUUGUAAGUUACGAUAUUCGUUAAUUUUUACUAUACUGUGAGAUGGUGAAGAUAUACUUAGGUGGGUGUUUUUGGUACGGUUUUAUUCUCGGACCUUAGUUGUUUAGUUGUGAGAUUAUCUUUUCCUUCUAGGCAAUAUCAUUAAGAUUAAACGUUAGAUAGAAGUAAACUAUUCUGAGUUAUUUUUCCACAAAGGGUGAUAAUGUCCUAAAAGACAAUGAAAACUUCACUACUCAGCUCAGAACAUUAAACUCCACCAAAAUUACUGUAUCGUUAAUAACUUUUAGAUAGCAAAAACAAAGAUUGAUGCAGAAUAAUAAAUGGAUUCAUUUGAUUUCGUUAGGUUCUCAUCAGUCCCUUUACAACCUAAAAUAUUUAAAAUUCAGUAUUAUUACAGAUAUUGACAUACUUAUACAUAAGAGGGUGAUUAAGGAUAAAUAAAUGUAUCAUGGCGUAGCUAAGAUUCCGAUAGAGUUAAUGAGGCCAUAAAAUUUUUGUCUCGAAUAAAUAAAGUUUGAGAGGGAAAGUUCCGGAACAUUGAAAUAGUGAUUAGACCUCAUGAAAAUAGAUUAAUGGUAAUAAAGAAAAUAUGAAUUGAAAUCAAUCAAUUAUGUAUGAUGUAAUUUAAACUUCAGAAAGAGUUGGAAUAAUGACGCAACAAAUAAAUAAAUAGAAAUAAAUGAAUAAAAAAGGGGGGUUAUUGUUACUAGGGUAAAGAAAGAUUUAUUACUCUUUUUUUGUAUACAUAGGUCUGGUUUUAGACGUUUGAUUGCUAAUGCUCCAGCAACUUUCAGAAGGUUGUAGCUUGAUUGUUUAUUAAUCACCUUGAAGGACUUCAGUGUAUCGACGCCGUGUCCUGUGUCAAGAAGAUGUCUUGCGAUGACACUGUUGAAUGCUUUCAAUUUAUUUGAUGUUAAACUUUUCGGCAUAUGUUCUUUGAAUCGGACGUAGGCUCUCCUUUCUGUCAUUUUGGUUCUUUUUGAAUAGUCCAUUAACACGCUGUUAAAUUUUGGUCUCUCAUCAUAACAUUUUGUCAGUGACUAACACUAAUGUUUUCUAAACUAUACUAUUUAUGUUAUUUAUGACAAUUCUUAUCAAUAAUUUCCGAAAGUGUUUUUAUUCUUUACCUUGACCUCCUUCUUACUCAGGGCUGCCUCAUUAGAUUAAAAUCUAUUCCAGAUGUCAUAUUACACGUUAACAUGUAUUUUAGUUAUGACCAUAUUUGUAAUGUUAUGUAUGUGAAGGUGUUAUUAAAGUAGAUUAUCAUAAGUGGCAUACUUUAUUGUAUUUCAGAAAGUUUAAAAGAUUAUAUUAAAUAUUUAUUUAGUGUUAUUCCUUGGUAGUACACACUUCAAUUUAUAAAAGUUAAUAUAGAACAUAAUCAGUAACUUUUCUGUUCACUUUCUUGAUUCAUUUCUAUAUUUAUCAUGGCUAUCUUUUUAGAAAUAAUACUUUCUUUAUCGAUCUUUCCAAGGAUUAUUCUCUUACUACGAAACUCAAUUAUCAACUUGGAGUACCCAGAUUACACUUUUCUGUUUUUAAAUAAAAGAGACGCUAAUAAUAAUCUAACUUCUCAGCUGUCCGUCUUCUUAAUUAUUUCUUGUUGCGUGAAUGUAAUAUCACGACUUUGGUUGAUGUACGUUAGUUUCAGCUCCUACGUUGUUUACGACUUGGAACAACUUAAAAGCAAUCAUUUUGUCAUACUAUGUAGUUGUUGACUUAAAGUACAAUUCUUCAUUUGAUUGAAAUCACGAAUGGAUUUGAGUUAGACAACCAUUGAAAAUCUAGAAGCAAUGUGAUGAUUUAAGGUGUUAUUCGUGUAGAUAUAUCUUUCCAACGAUAGAUUAUUAAUAUGAUUUAAGUUGCUAAACGUCAAUUAUUGUUUGUUUGAUUUAGAUUAAUAUCUGUUUACUUGCAAUUGUUGUAACUGAGAUGAUGGAGAAGAUUUGUGGCUCAGAUGGAUGAUUUUGAUGGAGUUUUGUUUUCUGAGCUGGACGGUUUGGUCGUUGAACCUUUCAUCGUCCUUCUGGACGACAUCAUCAGCACAAACUUCAGAUAGCAGUUAGAUUAGGGCUGCGUGAGGAAAUUAUCAAUAUAUAUGUCGAAUGAAUAGUUGUAUCAGGGAUUGUCAAAAAAAGGAUUAGCAAUAGCGAACCUAAUUUGAGUAAAACGAAUGAAUUCCCACAAUAAAAGGUAUAAAAUUAGUUUGAAAUUUAGGAUUUCAGGGUAGACAAAUAGUGAAUGCAUCUACACUUUCUUAUUUAUUAUACAAUGAGAAUACAGAAAGCAGGUGCAUCCAUCUGAUCACUCCCAAACAGGACGAAACGCGCGUCCUCGAUUCCACUGCUAGCCACCAUCCAUCUUUGCUUAUAAUAGGAAGAUUACGUUGCGAAUGUUACCAACUUUAAAAAAUGCAUUUCCUAAUUUGAAAUUUAUGUACAGUUAAAUAGGACUAAUAAUUUAGUUAAAACGUUGAGUUUAGUACCACUGCAAACACUUGCUUAAAAGUACUAUUUCGUAGUUAAUAUUACCAUUCACUUGUUGAUAUGUAUUGUAAUUAUUAAAUUAUCGAAUAAAUCAUUCCAACAUUCAUUCUCAUGAAGUAUUGAGAGCGGUAGUUUAUAAUUUUGCCUAUACAACACAAAACCCACACCAACUACUUCACCUGAUAUCGUAUAUGCAAACAUAUGAUUCUCUUGACAAAAUCUACUCGUUUCCAAACUACUUAUCAAAAUACCAUAAAAUUGUGAAUAUUUUCGACAACAUGAACCUAUUAUAUAAUCGGAAUAGUAGCUAUGUAGUUAAAACGUUCAACUUUUAGCCACUAAAACUCAUACUUGAUAAGUACCCUGCCAUGUCGCAUAACUGCCUCUCACACUUGUGAUGUGGCUCUAAACCAAGUACAAGAAAAUGUCACUUAGUAAAUCAGUCGACUUAAAUAUAAUUGGGCUUUACUCAAUCAAUUCUUUUAGUCAAUAAUCAUACUGUGUUGUUCUCGCCUUUCAUGUAGCUAACAAUAUUUCGUUGUUAUCAAUGGUAGCUAAUUCAAAACUGCGUAUCGGUACACAUGAUGGACGAUUCCAUGCAGAUGAAAUACUUGCAUGUGCAAUGCUUAAACAUUUACCGGAAUACUCAAAUGCUGAAAUUAUACGCACAAGAGAUUCAAGUAUUUUGUCAACAUGUGAUAUCGUCGUUGACGUUGGCGGUGUAUUCAAUGCUGAAAAUCAUCUAUACGACCAUCAUCAAAGAGAAUUCAACCUUACUUAUAAAGAUUUUUAUCCGAAUUCUGAUUGGGAUAUAAAACUAAGUAGUGCAGGUUUGAUAUACGUUCAUUUCGGUCGAAAAAUACUAAGUUGUAUACUUGGUAUAGAUGAAAAUACUAUGGAUCCAUUAGUGACGGCACUUUUUCAUAAGAUGUAUAGUUCAUUUGUUGUUGAGAUAGACGCUAUCGAUAAUGGUGUUCCGAUGGCAAUAACACCUUUAAGAUAUUCUAUGAAUACAUCUUUAAGUAGUCGAGUGAAUCGUAUGAAUCCAGCUUGGAAUCAAUUGGAUACAGAUGAAACUAUUUGUUUUCAUAAUGCAUUACAAUUAGUUGAUAAAGAAUUUAUUACAUUAGUUCAUUUCUAUGCUGAUACAUGGUAUCCAGCUCGUGAAAUUGUAUUAAAUGCUGUGAAAAAUCGAUAUUCCAUUGAUUCAUCUGGUACAAUAAUUUAUAUUGAAGGUACUGGAUGUCCUUGGAAUGCACAUUUUUUUGAAAUUGAAAAAUCUUUAUUAUUAAAUAAUGUAAAUGAAAUUGAAAAACAGAAUCAAAUUCUAUUUGUUAUUUAUCAACGUAAAGAUAGUACAUGGACUAUACAAGCUAUACCAUUGAAUGAGCAUAAUAAUUUUUCACAAAGACUUCCUCUACCUGAAAGUUGGAGAGGUUUACGUGAUGAACAGUUAAGUAGUAUUGUUGGGCUGCCUGAUUGUAUAUUUGUACAUUCUACUGGGUUCUUAGGUGUACAUAAAACUCGUGACGGUGUUCUACAAAUGGCAAGAUUAACCAUAAAAAUGAAAGAAAAUCAGUAACUUCUGUUCUCUUUUAUCAUUAUCUAUUUUUUGUCCUGGUUCCUAAAGCUAAAAAAUACACGUAUAUGCUUUUUGAAAUCUCCUUCUUUUCAUCUUUUAAAGUAUGAUAGCGGGAGGGGUUUACUAACUGGAUGAUCGAUCUCAAGUAUAUGAUUGGAACAGUUACUUACUGGUUAAAGCAAUUGGCUUUAACUAAAUGUUUCAACCACAUUCUGUUUACAAUGGCCUAGGCAGUCGGAUAUUAUCACUGAAAUGCACACAAUUCGUAUUAAUUAUCAAAAAAUCAAUUACCAGAUACAUAUUCAUGUAUUUUACAUCAAGACACCCGUAGUGGGCGAGGUAGUGAUACUUAUUUGGUUGUUCAGACUGGAAUGUGUAGGGCGUGAUUCAAGCCUGUAACUACUAAGCUAUCAACCAUUAAGGCGACCAAAUGAACAUGGAGUUCGUUGUCAAGCUACAUUAUUCACAUAACUAGACGACAAGAACUAGAAAGCUGAAGAUCUCAGUUGGGUAUUUAAGUUGGCUUUUUCGUUUCACAUCAAAUUUCCUCAAUAUUGUGUAUUUUGUUAUCUAUCCUGGAGUUGAAUUAAUUGUAAACACUUUUGUCUUAAAACCAUUAAACUUAGUAUCACUUAGUAGUAUUCACAAAAUCCGUUAACUCAUAAUAUAUGCAAACUUGUGUAUAUCUUUGGAUAUAAUAAAAACUGCAACUUCCUCAAUCUCUCACUUGGACCUGUGACAGUUC